AGACGCCUUGGGGACAGCAAGAGCAGAGGCUUAAGGAGCUACACUGGGGGGAGGACGGGGGCAAGCAGGCCAAAGCCUGGCCGGGGCUGGGGGGGUGGGGGCAUGGAGCAAUCCAAGUCACAGCAGCGUGGGGGGGAGCAAAGCUGGUGGGGUAGUGACCCCCAGUACCAGUACAUGCCCUUCGAGCACUGCACCAGCUAUGGACUGCCCUCUGAGAACGGGGGCCUGCAGCACAGGCUCCGGAAGGACGCCGGCCCCCGCCACAACGUCCACCCCACGCAGAUCUAUGGCCAUCACAAAGAACAGGUCUCAGACAGGGCGCGGGACACGGGCAUGCCCAAGAAGACGGGCUCCAGUUCCACCCUGGACAGCAAGGAUGAGGAUCACUAUUCCAAAUGUCAAGAUUGUGUCCGCCGUCUGGGACUCGUGGUGAGAAGAAAGUUAGGGGAAGACUGGAUCUUUCUGGUGCUGCUGGGACUGCUGAUGGCUCUGGUCAGCUGGAGCAUGGACUACGUCAGUGCCAAAAGCCUGCAGGCCUACAAGUGGACCUAUGCGCAGAUGCAGCCCAGCCUUCCUCUGCAGUUCCUGGUCUGGGUCACCUUCCCACUCAUCCUCAUCCUCUUCAGCGCCCUCUUUUGCCACCUCAUCUCUCCCCAGGCUGUUGGCUCUGGAAUCCCUGAAAUGAAGACUAUACUUCGUGGGGUUGUCCUGAAGGAAUAUCUCACGCUCAAGGCCUUUGUGGCCAAGGUUGUCGCCCUGACCGCAGGGCUGGGCAGUGGCAUCCCCGUGGGAAAAGAGGGCCCCUUUGUCCACAUUGCCAGCAUCUGUGCUGCCGUCCUCAGCAAGUUCAUGUCCAUGUUCUGUGGGGUCUAUGAGCAGCCAUACUAUUAUGCUGACAUCCUGACUGUGGGCUGUGCUGUCGGAGUUGGCUGUUGUUUCGGGACACCUCUCGGAGGAGUGCUAUUUAGCAUCGAGGUCACCUCUACCUACUUUGCCGUUCGGAACUACUGGAGAGGAUUCUUUGCAGCCACCUUCAGUGCCUUUGUGUUUCGCGUCCUGGCGGUGUGGAACAAGGACGCCGUCACCAUCACUGCUCUGUUCAGAACCAAUUUCCGAAUGGAUUUCCCCUUUGACCUGCAGGAACUCCCAGCCUUUGCUGUCAUCGGGAUCUGCUGCGGGUUCCUGGGAGCUGUAUUUGUGUAUCUGCAUCGCCACGUCAUGCUCGGUGUCCGAAAGCACAAGGCCCUCAGCCAGUUUCUGUCUAAGCACCGCCUGCUGUAUCCUGGAAUUGUUACCUUUGUCAUCGCCUCAUUCACCUUUCCACCAGGAAUGGGUCAAUUCAUGGCUGGAGAGCUCAUGCCCCGCGAAGCCAUCAGCACCCUGUUUGACAACAACACGUGGGUGAAACACGCAGGAGACCCUGAGAGCCUGGGCCGGUCGGCUGUGUGGAUUCACCCCCAAGUCAACGUUGUCGUCGUCAUCUCUCUCUUCUUUGUCAUGAAGUUCUGGAUGUCCAUCGUGGCCACCACCAUGCCCAUACCCUGUGGAGGCUUCAUGCCUGUGUUUGUGCUGGGAGCUGCAUUUGGAAGGCUGGUAGGAGAGAUCAUGGCCAUGCUAUUCCCUGAUGGAAUCUUAUUUGAUGGUAUCAUCUACAAGAUCCUACCUGGGGGCUAUGCAGUAAUUGGAGCAGCAGCACUGACUGGUGCUGUGUCUCACACAGUCUCCACAGCUGUGAUUUGCUUCGAAUUAACGGGUCAGAUUGCUCACAUCCUACCCAUGAUGGUGGCUGUUAUCUUGGCCAACAUGGUGGCUCAGAGCCUGCAGCCCUCCCUCUAUGACAGCAUCAUCCAGGUCAAGAAGCUACCCUACUUGCCUGACCUUGGUUGGAACCAGCUCAGCAAAUACACAAUCUUUGUUGAGGACAUCAUGGUACGUGAUGUGAAGUUUGUUUCAGCUUCUUGCACAUAUGGGGAGUUGCAAACCCUGCUCCAGACCACCACAGUCAAGACUUUACCACUGGUUGACUCAAAAGAUUCCAUGAUCCUGCUGGGCUCCGUGGAGCGGUCAGAGCUGCAGUCACUCCUGCAGCGCCACCUGUGUCCCGAGCGGAGGCUGCGGGCGGCGCAGGACAUGGCGCGGAAGCUGUCGGAGCUGCCGUACGACGGGAGGGCGCUCCCCGGCGCGCAUCGCGGCCGGCCCGAGUCCUUUGCCUUCGUGGAUGAGGAUGACGACGAGGACUUCUCUGGGAGGAUCGAGCUGCCUCCUUCUCCUCCUCCUCACCCCUUUCCUACUGCUUGCCUGUCCCCAGAAGAGCCCAACGGGCCCCUGCCCGACCACAAACAGCAGCCAGAGGCACCAGAGCCUGCAGGUCAAAGACUCUCCGUCUUCCAGUCCCUGCUGCGCUGCUUGCUGGGCAGGGCUCGACCCGCAAAGAAGAAAGCAGUCCAGGAUGCCAUGGAUUUAGUGGAUACCAUGUCACCUGAAGAGAUCGAGGCCUGGGAGCAGGAGCAGCUGAGCCAGCCUGUCUGCUUUGAUUGCUGCUGUAUCGACCAGUCUCCCUUCCAGCUGGUGGAGCAGACGACCCUGCAUAAGACUCACACGCUGUUCUCACUCCUCGGCCUCCACCUUGCUUAUGUGACCAGCAUGGGGAAGCUCAGAGGCGUCCUGGCCCUGGAGGAGCUACAGAAGGCCAUCGAGGGGCACACCAAGUCUGGAGUGCAGCUCCGUCCUCCUCUUGCCAGCUUUCGGAACACAACUUCAACUCGAAAGAGUCCUGGGGGACCACCCCCUCCUGCAGAGGGCUGGAGCCUACCCGAGGACGGACCAGGGGCCACCGGAGCAGGGGAUGUGGCCCCUGCCUCCCCGGAGAGCCCCGUGCCCUCCCCCUCCCCAGAGCCCCUUCUCUCCGGGGCCCCAGCCAAGGUGGAGGGCGAGCUGGAGGAGCUGGAGCUGGUGGAGGGUCCGGGGCCAGAAGAGGAGCUGGCCGACAUCUUGCAGGGCCCCAGCCUGCGGUCCACGGAUGAGGAGGAUGAGGAUGAACUGAUCCUUUGACCACCUCCUGGGACCUCCUUAUAAAGACUGUCCGUGACUUGGGGUGGACUUGUGUGGGACAGGGUGUGUCCUGAAGUUGGAGAACUCACCCAAAGUCUUGGCCCCUCCCAGGGAUUUUUAAAUGUGAUAGUGAUAGUCUUAAAGGAGGAGUCAGAACUUGGGCAGGGAGGGGCCGUGGUCAAUUCGACCGCU